AUGGCAAACACACAAACAUUAAGGGAGUUGGCUGCUCCAAACUUGACCCAACAACCUCUUUGCAUAACUUUUCCUCGCCUUAGUGAGAAUGCAGCUUUUGAAUUAAAACCUGGUUUAAUACAUUUGUUGCCUGUUUUUCAUGGUCUGCCAGGAGAGGAACCCCACAAACACAUGCAGGAAUUUGAUGUGGUGUGUUCGAGUAUGAAGCCUUCGGGAGUAACUGAUGAACAAAUUAAAUUAAGGGCCUUCCCUUUCUCUCUCAAGGAUUCGGCAAAGGACUGGUUAUACUGUCUACCUGCAGGCAUUAUCACCACGUGGCCAGAGAUGCAGAAAAAAUUUUUUGAAAAAUAUUUCCCUGCAUCCAGAGCUGCUAGUUUGCGAAAGGAAAUAUGUGGCAUCAAGCAAUUUCAGGGGGAAUCCUUGUAUGAAUAUUGGGAGAGGUUCACCAGGCUGCGUACCCGAUGCCCUCAUCACCAAAUAAGUGAUCAACUGCUGAUUCAGUACUUCUAUGAGGGGCUACUGAUGAACGAUAGAAAUAUCAUUAAUGCAGCAAGUGGUGGUGCACUGGUGAAUAAGACUACCCAGGAGGCAUGGGACUUAAUCGAGCGAAUGGCAGAGAAUUGCCAGCAGUUUGGUACUAGAGCAGAUGUUCCUACGAGAAAGGUCAACGAGGUAAGUUCAUCUUCCAUUCAACAGCAGUUAUCUGAAUUAACCUCAUUUGUUCGACAGAUAGCUGUAGGAAAUGCACAGCAGGCCAAAGUGUGUGGGAUUUGUACGAAUAUUGGUCAUACCGCUGACUCAUGCCCACAGUUACAAGAGGAGGGAAUUGAGCAAGCAAACAUGGCUGGUAACAUGCCCAUGCCACGUAGACAGUAUGACCCCUAUUCCAACUCAUACAAUCCGGGUUGGAGGGAUCAUCCAAAUCUGAGCUAUGGGGGAAAUAAGCAACAAAAUUUCAUCCCCAAUAGACAGCAGGGCUUCCAGCAACAAUAUCAAACAAGGAAUCAACCCUCAUCUGCCUCAGGUAUGUCCCUAGAAGACAUGGUUAAAACCAUAGCCUCUAAUACUAUGAAAUUUCAACAGGACACUGAGGCCAGCAAUCAAGAGAUGAAAGCACGUAUGCAAAACUUGGAAAAUCAGAUGAGUCAAUUAGCCUCAAUUGUCAACCGACUGGACUCCCAGGGAAAGGGAAAACUUCCAUCCCAAUCUGAGGUGAAUCCCAAGAAUGUAAGUGCAAUGACCCUCAGGAGUGGGAAAGAGGUUGAAGGACCAGCGCCAGUGGCUCCGAAGGACAAGAAUGAGGACCGCAUUGAGAAGGAGCUCGAGGAAGAAGGAACGCCCGGCAUAAAUAAAGAGGUAAUACGUAACCCAGUGGUUCCAGUUAAGCCUAACCCACCACCUUUUCCUAGCAGGUUGGAAAGGCCUAAAAAGCAAGACAAGGAAAAUGAAAUUUUGGAGAUGUUUAGGAAGGUGGAGAUAAAUAUCCCCUUACUUGACGCAAUUAAGCAAGUACCCCGGUAUGCCAAAUUUUUGAAGGACCUAUGCAUCAAUAGGAAGAAACUGAGGGGAGAUGAAAGGAUAAUUGUGGGGGAGAACGUAUCUGCAGUGCUUCAAAGAAAACUUCCACCCAAGUGCGGAGACCCAGGUAUGUUCACUAUUCCUUGUAAAAUAGGGAACACUAGCAUUAGGAAUGCCAUGUUAGAUCUAGGAGCCUCCAUAAAUGUGAUGCCCAAGGCUAUUUAUGCUUCUCUAAAUUUGGGUCCCUUAAAGGAAACUGGCAUUAUAAUUCAAUUGGCUGAUAGGACUAAUGCUUAUCCCGAUGGGGUGAUAGAAGAUGUGUUAGUGCAAGUGAACAAUUUAGUGUUCCCUGCUGAUUUUUAUAUUCUUGAUAUGGGUGACGAACGUUCUCCAAAUCCAUCACCAAUUUUGUUGGGGAGGCCCUUCUUGAGCACAGCUCGUACAAAAAUUGAUGUUAGUGAGGGCACCCUAACGAUGGAAUUUGACGGAGAAAUAGUUCACUUCAGUAUAUUUGAGGCUAUGAAAUAUCCGUGUCAUUCUAAUGCUGUUUUUGCUGUGAGUGUAAUUGACCCUUUGGUGCAAGAAGUAUUUGAGAUUAAUGGCAGGGAUGAAUUAGAGAUAGCAAUCACCAAACAUUUGGAUCUGGAAGCAGUUUGCGAAAUGGAGUUAGACAUCAGUUUGCAAAGAAUGGUUGGAGCCUUGCAUUCACUAGGCCAAAGUCCUCUAAGGUAUGAUGUUGCUCCUAUAUUUGUGCCUGAACCGCACUUAAAGUUAUUACCUUCUAUCGUGCAGGCACCUGAAGUGGAGUUGAAACCCCUGCCCAAGCAUUUAAAGUAUGCCUAUUUGGGUGAAAAAGAGACGUUACCAGUGAUAAUCUCAUCCAAAUUAUCACCCACGGAGGAGGAUAAGCUGCUACGGGUUUUAAGGGAGCAUAAGGAAGCUAUAGGGUGGACAAUUGCAGACAUCAAGGGUAUAAGCCCGUCCGUAUGUAUGCAUCGAAUUCGCCUAGAAGAGGAUGCUAGACCGAUAAGACAACCACAAAGAAGAUUGAACCCCAUCAUGAUGGAAGUGGUCAAGAAAGAGGUAAUCAAGCUUCUGGACGUAGGAAUUAUUUUUUCUAUCUCAGAUAGCCCAUGGGUGAGCCCGGUUCAAGUGGUGCCAAAGAAAGCAGGGGUAACUGCGGAAGAAAAUCAUGAAGGGGACCUUGUUCCAAUUCGAAAGCCUACGGGUUGGCGCCAGUGCAUCGAUUACCGUAAAUUGAACGCAGUGACCAAGAAGGAUCAUUUUCCUCUUCCAUUCAUUGAUCAAAUGGUUGAAAGGUUAGCUUGUCGUGCCUAUUAUUGUUUUUUAGAUGGUUUCUCUGGUUAUUUUCAGAUAGCAAUUGCGCCAGAGGAUCAAGAGAAAACAACUUUCACUUGCCCCUUUGGCACUUUUGCCUAUCGAAGGAUGCCCUUUGGAUUGUGCAAUGCCCCCGCAACAUUCCAGAGGUGCAUGAUUAGCAUUUUUUCUGAGUAUGUGGAGAGAAUAAUUGAGGUAUUCAUGGAUGACUUCAGUGUCUAUGGUGAUAGUUUUGAUGACUGCUUAGAUAACCUGACCUUAAUUUUAAAGAGAUGCAUCGAGACUAACCUAGUGCUCAAUUGGGAAAAAUGUCACUUCAUGGUUGAGCAAGGGAUAGUUCUAGGACAUGUAGUGUCAUCUAGAGGAAUUGAAGUUGAUAAAGCUAAAAUAGAUGUGAUAUCUGCUUUACCUUACCCCGUAACUGUACGGGAAGUUCGUUCUUUUCUAGGACAUGCAGGUUUCUAUCGCAGAUUUAUCAAGGAUUUCUCAAAGAUCGGGGCACCACUUUUUAGGUUUUUGCAAAAGGAUGUCAGUUUUGAAUUCAACGAGGAGUGCAAAGAAGCGUUCGAGAAGUUGAAGAAAUUACUCACUUCUCCACCUAUCAUCCAACCUCCUGAUUGGAAUCGCCCAUUCAAAAUUAUGUGUGAUGCCAGCGACUACUCCGUGGGAGCAGUUUUGGGACAAAGGGUGGAGAAAGCGGCGCACGCAAUAUAUUAUGCCUCUAGAGCUUUAAAUGGCGCCCAACUCAAUUACUCUACUACGGAGAAAGAACUCUUAGCUGUUAUUUUUGCUUCAGAAAAGUUUAGACCUUAUUUAUUAGGUGCUAAAGUAAUUGUGUAUUCUGACCAUGCAGCUUUGAGGUACCUACUGACCAAGAAGGAUGCUAAACCCCGCUUGAUAAGAUGGAUAUUGCUCCUGUAGGAAUUUGACUUGGAAAUCAGAGACAAAAAAGGAGCGGAGAAUCUAGUAGCUGACCACCUAAGUCGAAUAUUGGUAGCGGAGGAAGAAUUACCAUUAAGGGAGUCUUUUCCUGAAGAGCAUUUACUUUCUAUUAAUUCAUCCCCUCCUUGGUUUGCAGAUAUUGUGAAUUAUUUGGUUACUGACAAAUUGCCCGCAGGUUGGCCCAAGGCAAAAAGGGACAAACUAAAAAGCGAUGCAAAGUACUAUGUCUGGGAUGAUCCCUAUCUGUGGAAACAAGGUGCUGACCAAAUAAUGAGGCGAUGUGUAAGUGAAGGUGAAUCAUGUGAUAAAUGUCAGAGGGUAGGCAAUUUAUCCCGAAGGGAUCAACUGCCACAGGUGCCCAUGCUUUUCAUUGAAACUUUUGAUACUUGGGGUAUAGAUUUCAUGGGUCCCUUUCCAAAUUCUUGUGGAUUUUUAUACAUUUUACUAGCAGUGGAUUAUGUCUCGAAGUGGGUGGAAGCAAAAGCCACCCGCACUAAUGAUUCUAAGGUGGUUGCAGAUUUCAUAAAGUCUAACAUUUUUGUGCGAUUCGGAAUGCCACGGGCAGUUGUGAGUGAUAGAGGGACGCAUUUUUGCAACAAGACAAUUGCUGCUUUGUUCAGGAGAUAUGGUGUACUUCAUAAGGUUUCCACUUCCUACCAUCCACAGACCAAUGGCCAGGCUGAAGUCUCGAAUAGGGAAAUAAAGUCUAUUUUGGAAAAGAUGGUCCGCCCUGAUAGGAAGGACUGGAGUUCAAGGUUGGAAGAUGCUUUGUGGGCGUACAGGACCGCUUACAAGACGCCUAUAGGGAUGUCUCCCUAUAGGUUGGUAUUUGGUAAGCCUUGCCAUCGUCCAGUGGAGUUCGAGCAUAGAGCAUUUUGGGCGGUAAAACAAUGCAAUAUGGAUAUUGAGGAGAGCGGAAUUCAAAGGAAGUUACAGUUACAGGAGUUGGAGGAGAUUCGCAAUGAAACCUAUGAGAAUGCGGUGAUUUAUAAGGAAAAAAAUAAGAUUUUUCAUGACCAACAGAUCUCAAGGAAGACAUUCGAGUUUUAUUAUUAUUUUUUGGAUGGGUUUUCAGGUUAUUUCCAGAUUGCUACCGCACCUGAGGACCAGGAGAAGACUACCUUCACGUGCCCGUUUGGAACAUUCGCAUACCGGAGGAUGCCAUUUGGACUAUGCAAUGCACCUGCUACCUUCCAGCGUUGUAUGGUUAGUAUUUUUUCAGAAUAUGUUGAGAAGAUUAUUGAGGUUUUUAUGGAUGAUUUCAGUGUGUAUGGGGAAAGUUUUGAUAACUGUCUAGAUAACCUGAAAUUAAUUUUAAUAAGGUGCAUAGAAGCUAAUCUCGUGCUCAAUUGGGAAAAAUGCCAUUUUAUGGUCGAGCACGGGAUAGUUUUGGGUCAUGUGAUAUCGUCUAAGGGUAUUGAGGUUGAUAAGGCAAAAAUAGAUGUUAUAUCUACUUUACCUUACCCCGCGAGUGUGCGGGAAGUGCGUUCUUUUUUGGGUCACGCAGGUUUCUACAGGAGGUUCAUAAAGGACUUCUCCAAAAUUAGAGCGCCCUUGUUCCAACUGCUGCAAAAGGAGAUACCCUUCGAGUUCGAUGAGUCAUGUAAGGGGGCGUUUGAUAGGUUGAAGGAGCUACUGACCUCCUCACCUAUUAUCCAACCCCCCGAUUGGAACCUACCGUUCGAGAUCAUGUGCGAUACCAGCGACUAUGCCGUGGGCGCGGUGCUGGAUCAAAGAGUGGGGAAGGCAGCCCAUGCUAUAUACUACGCGGAUGGAUUUUCAGGUUAUUUUCAAAUUGCCAUCGCACCCGAGGACCAAGAGAAGACUACUUUCACCUGCCCAUUUGGAACAUUUGCAUACCGAAGGAUGCCAUUUGGAUUAUGUAAUGCACCUGCUACCUUCCAAAGAUGCAUGGUAAGUAUUUUUUCAGAAUAUGUUGAGAAAAUUAUUGAGGUUUUCAUGGACGAUUUCAGUGUAUAUGGUGAAAGUUUUGAAAACUGUCUAGAUAACCUGAAAUUGAUCUUAGUAAGGUGUAUAGAAACUAAUCUCGUGCUUAAUUGGGAAAAAUGUCAUUUUAUGGUUGAACACGGGAUAGUUUUGGGUCAUGUUGUAUCAUCUACAGGUAUUGAGGUUGAUAAGGCAAAAAUAGAUGUUAUAUCUACUUUACCUUACCCCGCGAGUGUGCGGGAAGUUCGUUCUUUCUUGGGUCACGCAGGUUUCUAUAGAAGGUUCAUCAAGGAUUUCUCGAAAAUUGGAGCACCCUUGUUCCAACUUUUGCAAAAAGAUGUAUCCUUCGAAUUUGAUGAAGCGUGUAAGGGGGCAUUCAAUAAGUUAAAGGAGUUAUUGAUCACCUCACCUAUUAUCCAACCCCCUGACUGGAACCUCCCAUUCGAGAUCAUGUGUGACGCCAGCGACUAUGCAGUGGGUGCGGUAUUGGGUCAAAGAGUAGGAAAGGCAGCUCAUGCUAUCUACUACGCAUCUCGAGCCUUGAACGGAGCUCAAUUGAACUAUUCAACCACCGAAAAAGAGCUUUUAGCAGUUGUUUUUGCCUUAGAAAAAUUUCGGUCUUAUUUACUUGGUGCUAAAGUUAUUAUUUUUUCUGAUCAUGCAGCUUUGCGGUAUUUGUUGACAAAAAAAGAGGCAAAACCGCGAUUGAUACGGUGGAUAUUAUUGCUACAGGAGUUCAACCUGGAGAUCCGAGAUAAGAAAGGGGCGGAGAAUCUGAUUAUAUUUCGAAGUGGGUAG